AUGGUGAUGGUGGUGGUGAGGUUAAAGCAGGAGUUGUAUGUUAACUUACUUUUAAAGGGAAGGAGCUCAUGGAAAGAAAAGGGGAAAGGCCGAGGACCGGAGACUGGAGAGACUAGCUCGACGCCUCAGCAGCAGACUUCUUACGAUUUGACAACAGAAAACAGCUCAGAUGCUGACCCGUUGGGCAGUCUUCGUGAAGAUUCCGCGACCCGCGUCAUCCUGCAAGGCAUUGUCUUCAACUGGUGCUGCUUUUGUGGGGAGAUCCGGAACGAUUGCCACCAGCUCACCCACGACAAACCUUACGUAACAACCGACAAAAUUAUACUUAUCAUGAAUGACAUGAAUGUAGAAGUAGAUUUCAACAAAGAUACCACACCACAAACAGUUUGCCGAAGUUGUGACAAAAAAUUGCAAGAGAUGUAUGAAUUUGUCAAACUUGUCAAAAAAACUCAAGACAAGUUUAGUAAUGUAAGUAAUAUUGAUGAUUUUAGAGAAAACCCAGUAAUUCCAAAUGAGAAUCCAUCUUAUAUGUCGACUAGUGACGGUGAUGAUGAUGAAGACGAUAAGGCACAUGUCAUAUACGAGUCCCUAUCAAUCUCUGAUACGGAAUUCAUAAAUAAAGCAGUAUCUGCUAGUAAAAGAAAGAAUAAUGAGGAAGAAGUUGCGGCAUCCAGGAAGAAAUUUAGAGUUUCUAUCGUCUUAAAUUCCAUGUCAUCAUUUUGUGACGAUAGUAAUGGGAGUAAUUACAUGAAUCUGAAUUGUGAUGAAGAAGUGGGUGCUUCAGUAGACGCUUCUAAAGAAACUACAAGGGAAGUGAAUGAAGUCAAUGAAUCUGUCACUAUAAAAAAAGAAAUUAUUGAAAGUGCUAGCUGUGCUGGAGCCAUAGCUGAUAAAGAAGAGCUGUUUGAUACAGAAAAUGCAAUACAACCAACUGAAAAACAACAAAAUACUACUACUUCAUAUAGUGUGUUACGAAAACUACUGGCAAGUGAAACGAAUUCUGGUCUUGAUGAAGAAACUGCAAGAGAAAGUAUUUCUGCAAUUACGUUUGCAGGUUAUUCGUUGAAUAUUGCGACUGAUGAUGUUGAAACCCUGGGCGUAAAACAUGAUAAUGAAUUUACCCAUGAUUAUGAAAAAGAAAUUCAACAUCAUACUAUAAGAACUCAAAUGCGGUCAUCUGAAGUACAAAAACAAGUUGCAAGUGAAAUAAAUUCAAUUUUAGUUACUAAUAACGAUUCACCAAAAGCUGUUACUGCUGAAGAUAGAAAAACAGUGAGUGAAAAUGCUGAAACUGUUAUAAAACAAGAAUGUAUAGUUUUGAGUGAUGAUGAGGACAAUAAUGACGUCCAACCUAAUACAAAGACUAAAUUAGAACCUACUGAAGUACAAGACACUCAAGCAUUAGUUAGUGAUACCUCAAAACUGCCAGGAACUCAAAAGGAACUCUUAAACGAUAUAAUCGGCCCUAGUUCAAGUGUUUCAGUGAAUCAGCCAAGUAGUGAACCAGUGUGUGUGAUUCCUAAAAUUGACCUGGUAGCACUAGUUGAAUCGAUUGUGGGCCGCAUGUUGAACAAGUGAAUACACUAUACACACACUACACACACACACUAUACACUAUACUAUAAGAACUACAGAUGUGGGGUUCGCUCACAGAGUCACUAGUAUUUUUAGCCAAUAAUUUUUGACUGGCCAAUUCGGAAAAAAUCCGAUAACGGAACGACACUAUGUUCAAGUCAAAUACUCAGAUAUGUAUUAGCAAAGACAUAUAUAUGUAACUUCGUAUAAGACGAAUAAAGUCUAAGGAAAAAACGUGCCUCGGAAUUCAAGAAAAAGUCAUUCUCGAAUAGAUGCCGCACACACCUUUAGCCUAUUCUCGGCUAGAUGGCGUGACGACACCGUUUCAUAUUUAACAAUUUUAACACAUAGA